AUGCUGCUCCGGGUACUCCAUGGCCUUGUCGUCUUACUUAUCCCUUCGGUGGCCAGUUUCAUGUUCGACAACGAGAUUGUCGGAGAGCCGAAGGUGGAUUGCGAAGACACGAUGCUUGCCUUGACUUUCAAGACUCGGAAGCCAUUUUCCGGAAGGGUGUACGUCCAGGGGCUGUCAGAUGAUGAACGUUGUGCUCAGGGCUUUGCAAAGAACACAAAUCAGUCCAGAAGACUUUUG